AUGAAUUUGAACAAAGAAUUCAACACAGCUGUAGAAUGGAUAGAAAUGAAUCUGGAUUUUAACAAAAACACUCAGGUGUCCGUGUUUGAAUUCAAUAUUAGGUAUAUUGGUGGCCUGCUGUCUGCUUACACGUUCAGUAGAAAACCUAUCUUACUGACUAAAGCGGUUGAACUUGCUCAACGUUUAUUACCUGCAUUUGAUACACCUAGUGGAAUUCCAAUGAGUUUAAUCAAUUUGAAAACGGGAGAUAAGCGGAAUUUUGUCUGGGCAAAUGGUCAAUGUUCAAUUCUAUCAGAGUUUGGUACAUUACAUAUGGAAUUUAAAUAUCUUUCUGAGCUAACUGGCAAUCCGGUCUAUUCAGAAAAGGUUGAUGCUAUUCGUAAGGUUUUGGAAGAAGUGAACAAGCCUAAUGGGUUAUUUCUUAAUUAUAUGGAUCCGAAUACAAAAUCAUGGUGUGGUAAUGAAGCUGGUCUCUCUGCAUUAGGUGAUUCAUUUUAUGAAUAUUUAUUAAAAGAAUGGAUUCGUACUGAUCAUAAAGAUGUGAAAGCUCUUGAACUAUACAAAUCUAGUUUAGAAUCAUUCUUAAAAGUUGGUUUAUUUCAUAAAAGUCCUCAACAUAAUUUACUUUAUGUUGGCAACUACAAGUAUGGCACUAUUUCCAAUUCAAUGGAUCAUCUGGCUUGUUUUGUUGGCGGUAUGCUCUCUCUCGGUGCAUCAGAUAAAAAUGAUCCAUGGUUUCAACGUGGUGUUGAAAUUACUGAUACUUGUAAAAGAAGUUACGAUAGUGCAUCAACAGGUCUUGGUCCAGAAACAUUUUCAUUUACUGAUCAGUCUUCUGCUGUUGCGAUUACUCAAUCUCACAAAGUGUAUCUUCUGCGACCAGAAACAGUGGAAUCGUAUUUCUAUUUAUGGCGACUAACUAAAGAUCCAAAGUAUCGUGUUUGGGCAUGGGAUGUAGUUCAGGCUAUUGAAAAGUAUGCUCGUACAAAUGCUGGCUAUUCUGGUUUACGUGACGUUUACUCUACUAACUCUACUUUAGAUGAUGUUCAGCAGUCAUAUUUCUUAGCAGAAACACUGAAAUACCUUUAUUUAAUAUUUUCAGAAGAUACAUUAUUACCGCUUGAUAGAUGGGUGUUCAAUUCUGAAGCGCAUCCAUUACCUAUUCAAAAUAAAGUCAAACUAACACCUGGCUAA